GCAUAUUAUAAAGUUUUGAAAAAUGGAGAUGAGGUUCUUAUUAUGUAGCAGCUUGACUUUGGUAUUCAUGUUGGCUUUGGGUGAAGCAGCUGGGGAUAUAAUGAGAUGGAGCAGAAAGGAGAUGGUGGAGAUGGCUGGCUACGGCGAAGACAAACUCUCCUCCGUCCUUGUCACUGCAUCUCUUCUCUCUUCUUCCUCCUCACCUAUUCCUGGUGCUACAGUUGGCAUCAAGUGCCACACUGGAUAUAGGAAGAGAUCUAAAUGGAUCAAAGCUGUCACAAAUGCGUUGGGACAAUUCACCAUUGAUCUUCCUUCUCAUCUCCAUGCAAUUCAUGACCUAGAAAAGGCUUGUUCCAUCAAACCACUCUCUGUUCCUAAACCAUAUCAAUGCUCUCCCACCAAGACUCAAAGAGGCAUUAAACUCGUUUCCUCAUCCAACGGUUUGCGAGUCUACACAGCAGGCAACAUUACCUUACACAGAGGUCCAUGUAAAUAGAGAUUUUAGAUUGAUGUUUGAUAUUUUUCUAUAUGGUUCCUUCUCUCUUAUUGAGAGAAAGAGAACUUAG